GAGACUAAUUAGUACACCCCAAUCCUAAGCCACCUCAUGGCCCUGGGCAGAGAUGUGACAUCUAUAAAAGGUGGGCCAGGUGAGAGCGACCCAAACAUCUCUGUCUCAGCACUCCAGUCUCUUCUGAACUCUGUUGGAAAUCCAGAAUGUCUCAGCAGAAGCAGAAGCAGUGUGCCCCACCCCAGCAGUGCUGCCCUCCACCCCAGCAGUGUGCUCCCCCACAGCAAUGCUGCCCUCCACCCCAGCAGUGUGCUCCCCCACAGCAAUGUUGCCCUCCACCCCAGCAGUGCGCUCCCCCACAGCAGUGCUGCCCCCCACCCCAGCAGACCAAGCAGGUUUGCCAGCCUCCUCCCAAGUGCCAGCAGAAGUGUCCACCACCCCAGCAGUGCCAGAAGUCCAAGCAGAAGUGAACUUUCAGCUUGUGGCCAGAGGAGAAUUCCCAGGAAGACAGAACAUGAAGCUUGUCUUUCUUGGUCAGCACCUCGCAUUCCCUCCAGUAUCAGCGGUGUGUAGGCUCACCCCUGCUUCAGGAUGCAGCCAUAUUUCAGACUUGGAAAAGAAGCAUCUCGUAGUCUACAGCUUUCUCGAUCUCAAGCUCUUCUUAAUUAGCAGUUGCAGUUUCCAUCUCUGACAAGAAUCUACUUCUAAACUGUCUAAUCAUCUCCGCUGACAUGUGUCUACAUCAUCCUGCUGGAAACCCAGGCGGCACACCCAGACGCCCUUUCCCAUCACCCUUCCCAAGCAAUUAAAAGAAAAUUCCUCUGGCA